GACUUCGAGCGUCUCAAUUCACUUCCACUCCUCUCCCUCUUCAAUGGCGAUCGAGUCUUCCAGCGAGUCUAUGGCGAUUGAGUCUUCCAGCGAUUCUUACUUCAUAACAUAUUUCCAGAAGGUGGAAGCUGAGUUGGCGGAAAUUGGUUUGAAGGAGGAUGCGACUGCGAGGGCGACGGCGACGGCGACGGCGAGGAGCAUCCUUAACAAAGCCAUUGAUCUAUUUCCAGAUAAGCCAGUUUUUUACAUCCGACUGGCUUUUCUGGUGGCCAAGGAAGCGUCACGGCUUCCCGAAGAGGAAGUACAGAGGCAACAUCUACUCCAAGAGGCGUUGACGUCGGCCGAUGAGGCCGUCCGGCUUUCUCCCUACAGUUUGGACGCUGCAACAAUGAAGGUUAUCAUUCUAUCUCAAAUCCUUCGGAAGAACUUUUCUGAGCCAAUUUAUCAUCGGAUCAUCGAUGAAUGCAAUCGCGCACUCGCGAUACGCAUCCCGACAAAUGAUAUCCCGACAAAUGAUUACCCAAUGAAUUUUUCGGAGACUGUUGCACAUCAGAGAAUCGGCAUAAGAGCGUUGCAGGACAUUGCUGAACAUGAAAGGGCUGAACAUGAAAGGGCAGCACGGGAAAGGGCUGAACGGGCUGAACGGGCAAGGGCUAAAAGUAAUAGAAAUUAUAGGCUACAACAAAUAAUUGAGAAAAGAGAAAUGGAAGAGGAGAAGAAAAGGGCAGCAGAAGAGGAGAAGAACAAGGCAGAACUGGAAGAGAGGAUGAGGAUGGAAGAGGAGAAACGGAGGGCUGAAGAGGAGAAGUGGAAGGCUGGAGAGGAGAAGAGGAAGAGGAAGUAUAAGAAGAAGAAGGAGAAGGCAGCAGAGAAGAGGCAGAAGGAGGAAGAGGAGAGGCAGAAGGCGGAAGAGGAGAAACAGAAAGAUUUGAAGGACGCCAGUGGAUGUCCAUCAGAUGCACGCUUUGAUGCAACACAGUAUGCGUUCUUUGGGCAAGAUGCCGUGGAAGAAGUUGAUUUGGGAGGUCUGGAUGAUGAUGGUGAUGAUCCUGUGUUCGGAUCUGUCAAUGAUGACGAUUACUAUUUGUUUGAUAAAGAUGAGGGUGUGGAUUUUGGAUCGUUACCUGAUGUGGAUGAUCUAGCAACUACAUAUGCAAAGUUAAACAGCGUUGUCACGGAGCCAAGAAAUCCUGGAGUUAUUGGCAAUAGAGGUUCCGAAUCUUUUUCAAGAGAAAGUUCAUCUGCCACUGACUGGGCACAAGAUGGUGAACUUGGAAGCUUGCUGGAUCAGCAAAUGCCUUGUAUGGAAGAUGUCCAGGAGCUAGAGAGAUGGUCAUCACAGCCACAAUCUUCCUCUGCUCGUUUCAGUGAAUCCGAGCCAGCUUUCGUAUUCCCUUUUCCUGGUGGCAGAUCCCAGCAAGCUUCACUGCAGCACCCGUAUAUUUCGUCCCUAUCCAAUGUAUCAGGGUUUAGGAUCUUUAGGGUUUAGGGCAUUUAGGGUUUUUAGGGUUAAGGGUUUAGGGUUAGGGUCUUUAGGGUUAAGGGUUUAAGGCCUUUAAGGUUUUGGGGUUUAGGGUUUUGGGGUUUAGAGUUUAGGGACUUUAGGGUUUUGGAGAUUAAAUCAGCGCGGGACAGGUCGGGUAGGAUCAGGAAGGGGACAAAUUGCCAUCCCUGCUUACAAUUGAUUAAUGCAAUAAUUGUACUUUAAUUUUUAUACAAUUGAACAAUAUUUUAU